AUGAUCGAGGCGCACCUCGAGGGCCUCGACGAGAUGAUGUCGGCAACGAGGCCUAUGAGCCAUACCAACCGCUGCACCGCUGCCCGUGAAGGAGGAGGAGGAGUACGUGCGAACGAAAGACGAGUGUUCAGGAUGCAGAUCUUUAUGAAGACCCUCACCGGCAAGACCAUCACCCUCGAGGUGGAGUCCUCGGACACCAUCGACAACGUGAAGGCGAAGAUCCAGGACAAGGAGGGCAUCCCUCCAGACCAGCAGCGCCUCAUCUUCGCUGGCAAGCAGCUCGAGGACGGCCGCACACUGGCUGACUACAACAUCCAGAAGGAGUCCACCCUCCACCUGGUGCUCCGCCUGCGUGGUGGUAUGCAGAUCUUCGUCAAGACCCUCACCGGCAAGACCAUCACACUUGAGGUGGAGUCUUCGGACACCAUUGACAACGUCAAGGCGAAGAUCCAGGACAAGGAGGGCAUCCCCCAGACCAGCAGCGUCUGAUCUUUGCUGGCAAGC